AGGGUGGAGUGGGGAUUGAAGAAAGUUUGGAAUACUCAGAGAAUGUGCUGCUAGAAUUUGUUUAUUACAAUUGCAGAGCCGUUAUAUAUAUUUUAAACUUGAAAAAAAUGUAUUUCGAGGCACAUAAUAUAAUGCUAUCUGUAGACUGUAAAAUAGAUUUUUAAAUUGUAACUUGUUUCUACUAAUUAGUUAACUUAUGUAGACGUAUUGCGUUUAGUUUUCUAAAAGUAACAAGCAAUAAUGAAUUCCUUUAACCUAGUCGUAAAAACCUAUAGCUGCGCCAGACGUGUAUGCGUCGUGAAGUGGGCGUGUGUUCCGUUCAGUGCAUGACCAAUGGCUAGCAAGGGGAGGGGUGUGCUGACCAAUGGCUAGCAAGGGGAGGGGUGUGCUGACCCUGUCGGAUGUAUAUGCUGUAUGAAGAUGAAGGUGUUAAAACUUUUCAAAACAUUGCAUCGCACAAGGCAGAGUGUAUUUCAGAAUGACCAUCGUGCUCUGGAAGCUGCCAGACAAAGCAUCAAUGAAGAGUUCAAGAAAAACAAAAUUGAAUGUUCUUCUACAAAAAUAUCAGAGUUGCUGAAAUUUGGAACUGAUGUUGAAAUUCUUCUCAGAACAUCUGUUGUUCAGGUGCCAGAAAUGUGUGCAGAACAGGAAUUCCAGAGGCUGAUUCGUGCUUAGAUUAUCGACUACGGAAUAUUGUUAUCCGGAAGAGAGCGGAAUCUCGGAAGAGAGCGUAAUCUUGGAAGAGAGCGUAAUCUCAACAGGUUAAAGGCUCAUGAAGCAUAUAAUGGGUCAUUUAGUAUAAGUAAUUCUAGAGCAACUGGACCUGCUGAGUAAUCAUUGAAGACAUUUCACUACUUAUCCCAGCAGCUUCUUCGGUCGAACUGACUAGUAUGGGAAGUCCUCCGCAUAUAAAAUCUUCCACUAAUCCAAUCUCAAUGGCACAUUAUAACUCAAGAGGUGACACCUGAAACAGAGUUGUGUGCUCUGAUGAGUAGUAAAUCGUCUUCAAUGAUUACUCAGUAAGUCCAGUUGCUCUAGAGUUACUAGUAUAUAUUACUAUAUACUAGAUAUACUUUGGAACAUCUUCAUAGUCAUAUAAUGGGUCAGUUUAAUUAAAUGGGGCUAUGUACAAAAAACUCAAAUCAGUCUUCUGAUUUUUGCAUCAUCCUAUAAUAGAUUAAUUUACAUCUGUAAUUUGAACUUUAUAUCUAGCCCCAGUGUUCACCAGUUGGAACAAAAUCAUUCUAAAAAAGUAACAUGAUUCUGUGUAUAUGUUUGAAUGGCUACAAUUGGUUUGUGUGGAAGUGCAUAUUCUGAAUUUGAUAUUACUGAUCCAUAUUAGGGGACCCUUACUGAAUAGGCAGCAGAACAUCACUUUUAUAGGUAUAUGGGGAAGAGAGUAGAUGAAAAGCAUCUGACUGCCAGGAGAAAGUAUAGGGCUCAUUUACAAAGUGCAAAACUGCUGUGAAUACGCUUCUCCAUACUCCAUUCUUCAAGGGAUUCCUGGAAUUGCACUUGAAUUUGUAAAUGAACCCUUAUGCGUGAUUCCACCUGUAUCUCUGCACCAUGUUUGUGGAUGUAGAAAUGUGCUUUCAACCAUACAUAUUGCAUUCAUUCUAUGUUCUAGUAGCCCUCGGAGCAGAAAGUUGCUUUAGGCUCAGGCAGAGAAGGCAUGUGAGACAGUAGCUACAUUAUAUAUACUGAAUUAUACAACGGAAAUAAAUAUCCAGCUCAAGUCACUAGUAAAAUUCUGGAGCUCCCUCUUCUGUCUUUAAAGGGAUAUUGUCAUGGUAAAACAUGUUUUUUUUUCAAACAUGUUUAUUCAAAAAAUAGUGCAGCUGAAAUCUGUUUUUCAAAAAA